AUGGGGCUCACACAUAGCUCACCAGAAUAUACCUGUAAAUACCCCUUUACUAUCAUAAAGGGACAGAUCAACCCAAUGGCGACAGAUUUCUGUCACUUCAAGCAGAGCUUUAACUUGUGCUGGAGCAGUGUGGUAGAUGCUCUGGAGGCCCCGGAAAAGCUGCUCAGCUUUGCUGUGCCUCUAGCCAAAGUGAGCAGGGAACAGCUAAUGGAGUUUAACAAUGGUUUUGGUAAUGGUUGGAAAAAGACUCCUCCAGUUAUCAGCCUCCUCUCAAUGCUUGAAAACUGGGAGGAGGUAUUGGGCCUGGUCUUGUGCCCAGGUCAGCGCUACAAGGGAGAGGGAGGCAUUGAGGCAGCUGCCAUCCACAUCCUGCCCUGCUGGAGGCGCUACUUAGCCCGGACAGCCUACUUGUGCCACUGGCGGCACAAGUGGGCGGCAGGGACCAUCACCAUCUCAUGGUUAUUGCACACUCAGAUGCAUUGUGUCAGGAAGGCCCUGCAGGCCCGGCGUUUUAGACAACUGGAGGAUUACAGUAGCAGAGCCCAGCAUCUGGCAGCCAACUGGAAACACACCCCGUCCUCCAAGAGGACCAUUAUCCACAUCCCUUCAUUAGUAGAUAAUGUAUGGACCUUAACAUUCUUUCUGGAGGAGCCUGUACUGCUCAGAUAUUUAGAUGAGAUCCCAGAAUGGCUUGCCCAUUACGCUCGGCCUGCUAAAACCUCCUGCUAUCCCAACUGGGCCUGCUUCCUAAAGACGUUCCUCAGGCAAGGUGGUGUGGUGGAGUCCUACCCCCCGUCAGACAGUGUCACCUGUCUGACAGUAGAUCUGCAGCUGGAGCCCAGGGGUGAGGUCAACAUGCUGUCCUGUGAAAACCAGCUUCACGGCUCCUGUCAACUGGAAGCUAUAGGCUCCACUGUUCUUCAGACCUUUGUACACCCAGAGACCUUGCACUCCAUCUGCACGUGUAUGAACAAGGCCUGUCUACAGCAACUUAUAGUGGGUUAUGUCUCUGUGGAUCUGUAGCAAAAGGUGUGGGCUAUUGAUCUGGACCUCACAUACAGUGACCAGCUGGCCAUGACCCAGAUGCUUCUGAUGAUGACUGGAGGAACAGGCUGUUCAGAAGUGCCCGUGCCAAUCGGAGAGAAAUGCUGUGAACACCAGAUUGCAGCCAAACCUCCUGAGGUUCAUUAUUAUGCAGUCAUUGGGAGCCACUUGUUUUACUCUAACCUUUCCGUGUUAUACUAUAAUGUGUUCUUGAUGAUGUGCAAGACUCAUGGCGUAGGAUUUGACCUGAAGGUAAAAAAUUUGGGAUUGAUUUAAAUCUCAGAGGAUCUCCAGGGAGCUCCAGUGACCUUUGCUCUGCUCUGUCAGUCAUUCAUCAGGAAAUAUCACCCCCCUAAAAUGCAAGGAGAAACAAAUGUUCAGAUUGACAUAGUAAAUUAG